AUGUCUGGACGUGAUAUAGCGGAAACCACCACUACUAUGGCGGUGCCUGCCACCAUGGGUUUGCGAAAACUGCCACGUAGAUUUGUUGGUGUGAGACAAAGGCCUUCAGGCAGAUGGGUUGCUGAGAUCAAAGACUCAUAUCGAGGAGUAAGAUUAUGGCUUGGAACUUAUGAUACACCUGAAGAAGCUGCUCUAGCCUAUGAUGAAGCGGCACGUGUUCUUCGCGGAGAAAAUGCUCGUACAAACUUUGCUACAGUUGAUUCUAGUCCAAUUCAUUCCGAUUCGAACAGGAUUAAUGGGCUAAGUUUUUCUUCUUCCAAAGCUAAAUUAAGCAAGAAUUUGCAAGCUAUAAUGGCUAGAAACUCUGCAGAAACCAAGGCAAAUAAGAAUAGAGUAAGUGACCAUUUCACUUUUUCUAGUAUCUUUCACUUAAGGGGCUAUGAUCAAUAUCGAAGUUAUGCUGAUAUGAACAAAAUAAAGAAAGUUGUGCAACCAAGUGUACUUGUGCCUCCUCAUGUUGUUAUUAAUGAACCCUCUUCUCGGGGAAGCUCGACCGUGUCAGAGUAUAGCAACGAAUGGGGUUUUUGGCAGCAGGGUUUGAACUUCAAUGCGUUGGAUAUUAGUGACAUUUACUUGGGACAACAAGGUUUCGGAAAUCGAAUGAUGGGGUGGAUUAGUAGCCCGGAGGUGAUGAGUGGUGGUGGAGAGGAGGAAUCAAGGGUUAAGAGGCUCAAAGUUUCUUCUUCUGUUGUGGUUCCACCAACUUUUAGUGAAUCACUGAGCCACGGUGAUUAG